UUGUGUUGUCCUUUUUGCCUCCAACUUUUAACUUGAUCUCUCUGUUUUCUGUGAGUGAGUUUUGGAAGAAACUUCAAGCUGUCAGCCAUGGCAGUUGGUUUAGCAAUAACUUCUAGUGAAGGCAGGCAAUACAGUGGCAAAAUGACUCUAUUUGUUGUCUUGUCUUGUAUGAUGGCUGCCAUGGGAGGAGUUAUUUUUGGCUAUGAUAUUGGAAUUUCAGGUGGAGUGACCUCAAUGGAAUCAUUUCUGAAGAAAUUUUUCCCGGAAGUGUACACAAAGAUGAAAGAAGACACAAAGGUGAGCAACUACUGCAAAUAUGAUAGUCAACUAUUGACAACCUUCACUUCUUCCCUCUAUGUUGCUGGUCUUAUUGCUUCCUUCUUUGCCUCCUCUGUCACCAGAGCCUUUGGCCGCAAGCCCUCCAUCUUGGCCGGAGGCGCUGCCUUUCUUGCUGGUUCAGCCUUUGGCGGUGCUGCAGUUAAUGUGUAUAUGCUUAUACUUGGACGUGUCUUGCUUGGAGUUGGAGUUGGUUUUGCAAACCAAUCAGUGCCACUAUAUCUCUCAGAAAUGGCACCACCAAGACAUAGAGGAGCAAUCAAUAAUGGCUUCCAAUUCAGUAUUGGCAUUGGGGCAUUAUCAGCUAAUUUUAUUAACUAUGGCACACAAAAGAUUGAAGGUGGCUGGGGCUGGAGAUUAUCCCUAGCAAUGGCUUCAGUCCCUGCUACAAUACUAACACUAGGUGCCCUUUUCCUACCAGAAACACCCAGCAGCCUCAUCCAACGCAGCAAGGAUCACCAAAAGGCCAAACUGAUGCUGCAGUGCAUCCGUGGCACCCCUGAUGUCCAAGCAGAACUUGAUGAUCUGAUCAAAGCAAGCUCCAUUUCGAAAACCAUUAAUCACCCAUUUAAGAAAAUCAUGCAAAGAAAAUAUAGGCCUCAAUUGACAAUGGCAAUAGCCAUACCCUUUUUUCAACAAGUUACAGGUAUCAAUGUCAUUGGAUUCUAUGCUCCACUCCUCUUCAGGACAAUUGGACUAGGGGAAAGUGCAUCACUCAUGUCUAUGGUUGCCACGAGCGUUGUUGUUACAGGAUCAACAUUCAUAUCGAUGCUCAUAGUAGACAAACUCGGCCGGAAAGUACUGUUUCUAAUAGGAGGGAUUCAAAUGCUUGUGUCGCAAGUAAUAGUUGGUGCUAUCAUGGCAGCUCAGCUAGGUGAUCAUGGAGGAAUGAGUAAAGAGUACUCUUAUUUAGUGUUGAUUUUGAUAUGUGUAUAUGUAGCUGGGUUUGGAUGGUCAUGGGGGCCACUGGGUUGGCUAGUUCCUAGUGAAAUUUACCCUUUAGAGAUCAGAUCAGCGGGGCAAAGCAUUACUGUUGCAGUGAGCUUUGUGUUUACUUUCAUUGUUGCUCAGACAAUUCUGGCCAUGCUUUGUCACUUCAAGUCUGGGAUUUUCUUCUUCUUUGGUGGAUGGGUGGUGGUGAUGACUGCAUUUGUGCACUUGCUUUUACCAGAGACAAAGAGUUUGCCAAUUGAGCAGAUGGAAGUAGUGUGGAGAGAGCAUUGGUUCUGGAAGAGAAUUGUGGGGGAACUUAGUGAAGAGAGUAAAAUGCAAGAAGCUUGAAUCUCAUUGUUGAUACAAGUUUCGUCUCCAUAUGUGACGCUUGAUUUAGAAGUAAAACUGUCGAAAUGUGGAAUUCUUAUUGGUCAACCGGAGAUAAUUAAUAAAAUCAAUCAAGGCAAAUUUCAAAGCUUAUUGUCCAAUGGCAAUGGAAAAGCUCCAAGGAAUUAUACAGAGUGCAGACACAGCAACAGAUAUAUUAUUAUUUCACCCAUGUCAAAGUCUACCUCACAAUAAUUGCAGUUGUCCUAAGCCGGUCUGGUAUAAACCUCCAAGAGAGGUUUGGGCAGCGGGCUGUCCAUUCAUGAAAUCACAAACCCUAGUUUGUCAUUUUUUUGUGAAAUUACGAAAUUAUCGGGAACACUAAAUAAAGAUUUCAAUUAUCAAUA